AUGGGCCAAGUUGUGGUUGUUGAAUUGUGUGAGGUGAAGGAAAUCAAACGAAGGAGAUUGACCAUACAGUUUGUGAUGAAGGGAGAGGACCAUUGGUGGGGAUUUGUGGAUGAGAUACCAAAGGAGCUUGUGCCAAUGGACAAUAGUGUAAGGGCUCUCUACCUCUCAUUUCCUUCUCAUUUCAUUUCCUCUUCGUCCAUCAACAUCAGCCUCUCUUCCUCAUCUUGGGUGUGCUUCUUCUUCUUGGGUGUGCUUGUUAUCAACAGGCAUUGUUGCUGUCUAUCCUCUCUUCGCUUAUCACCGUCAACGCCGCGGCGGCCGCCGGAUGGUUGCUCUUCCAAAACCCAUACCACGCUUCUUGUUGAGACUUACCAUCAACACCGGAGGCUCAGGGCUUUAAUUGAAAAGCUGGAGAAGGAGGGCUCUUGCCCUAUGCAAAUACUUGGAGAUGAUGGAGAUUGGACCAAAAAUGAUUUCUGGGCUGCAGUUAAAUUUCUUAGGCAUGCCUUCAGAUCCAAUGAAAUCCUCAAGGUCGAGCUUGAUUUGACGAUGGUUAAGAUGAAUUCAAGUUUUUUCAAGCUGAAGCCAAAUAGCUUUUGUAAUACAAGUGUUUCUUUUGCUCUCUCAGAUUUACUAAGGUUGGAGGUUAGUUUUUAGUGCUCUUAAAACCCGAAACUUAAGUGGUUUUGCUUGUUGAGUUUGUCACUUCUUUCUUCAAUGUUUCUAUCUAUCUUUUUUUUUCUUAAUUUUGAUGUUAUAGGCUGUAAUUUGUUUGCAAUAGUUUGUGAUAGGCUUACGAAGCAUUUUUCUUCAUUAACAUCAACUUCCUUAGUUUUGGACUCUAUAUUCAUUUUAUUUUUAAGGUAGUGUUAUAUUAAAUGGUAUCCCUUCAUGUAAUAACAGACAAAUGACAAAAUCAUAUCUAAUAUUGUAAAUAGAUUCAUGAUCACAACAAGACAGUUAAUACCUUUGUAUUUUCCAAAAGAGAACUUAAUCGUUGAUUUUAGUAUAAAUUUACGUUUGUUUGUUGGUUUGUAGGUGUAUUUUGAUUCAAUUGAAUGAUAAUGUUUAAUUUUGUGUCCUAGGUAAUCACUCCCCUUUUUCAUAUGUAUUAUAGAUCAUUUGUUUGUUGGUCUGUACAUGUAUUUGUGCUGCUAUUACGAGCAUUUUUUGUUUAUGCAUUUUGAAUUGGCUCAAGUUUUCUUAUACUUCUUUCUCAUGCUUAUUGAUUUGUAAUUUCAAUGAUUGUUUUCUGACCUUGUUUGAUUGAUUCUAGUGUGAAUCCCAACCAGCUUCAGUUUCAGGUUGCUUCUUGUACUAUCGCAUAUUGAUAGGGAGUUAUUGUCUAUAAAAUUAUCAAGCUUGCAAGAUUUUAAAAUUCGUUUUCUAACUAGAAAGCAGCCCAGAUAUUCUUGUGAAUUUGAACUGCUAGUCAUUGUCUGUCGGCUAAAACUCACUUCAUUUUUGGGCUACACACAGUGACCUUUUAAAGUUCUUUUUCUGUAUUAAAUAUAUGUCUAUCCAUUUGCAGGUUUUAUGAAUUCUCUCUACUCCCAGCCCUUUGCUUAGUUCAACAAACAGCCACUAAACUUGUAGGCUUCUCAGAAGGAACAUGGCUCCCAAAACCAGAAACUUCAAUUUAAUGGUUAAGAAAAAGGAUGCAUAGGCUUUAACAGGUUAUAGUGUUUACAAUUAGCAACU